CAACAGGACGAUAGAUACAGCGAACGGGUUCCUUGUUUUUUUUUUUCUUUUUUUGUGGAAAGAAUGACCCUGGAGCCCAUCAUGGCGUGCUGCCUGAGCGAGGAGGCGAAAGAGGCUAGGCGGAUCAACGACGAGAUCGAAAGGCAGCUCCGCCGGGAUAAGAGGGACGCGCGCCGGGAACUCAAACUGCUGCUGCUGGGUACGGGAGAGAGCGGGAAGAGCACCUUCAUCAAGCAGAUGCGCAUCAUCCAUGGCUCGGGGUACUCCGAGGAGGACAAGCGCAGCUUCACCAAGCUGGUUUUCCAGAACAUUUUCACCGCCAUGCAGUCCAUGAUCCGCGCCAUGGAGACCCUCAAUAUUCCCUACAAAUACCAACACAACAAGGGCAACGCCAACAUUGUACGUGAGGUGGACGUGGAAAAGGUGUCCACGCUUGAGAACCCCUACGUAGACGCCAUCAAGAGCUUAUGGAACGACCCUGGAAUCCAGGAGGCCUAUGACAGAAGGAGAGAAUACCAGCUGUCUGACUCUACCAAAUAUUACCUGAACGCCCUGGACCGAAUCGCGGAGUCCUCCUACCUGCCCACCCAGCAGGACGUCCUGCGUGUCAGAGUGCCCACCACGGGGAUCAUCGAGUACCCCUUCGACCUGCAGAGCGUCAUCUUCAGGAUGGUGGACGUUGGGGGUCAAAGGUCAGAGAGGAGGAAGUGGAUCCACUGCUUCGAGAACGUGACCUCCAUCAUGUUCCUCGUGGCGCUCAGCGAGUACGACCAGGUUUUGGUCGAAUCCGACAACGAGAAUCGGAUGGAGGAAAGCAAAGCUCUCUUCAGGACUAUAAUCACGUAUCCCUGGUUCCAGAAUUCCUCCGUCAUUCUGUUCCUAAACAAGAAAGACCUCCUGGAGGAGAAGAUAAUGCACUCGCACCUCGUAGACUAUUUCCCUGAAUAUGACGGGCCCCAGAGGGACGCCCAGGCGGGCCGGGAGUUCAUUUUAAGGAUGUUCGUGGACCUGAACCCCGACAGCGACAAGAUCAUCUACUCCCACUUCACCUGCGCCACGGACACCGAGAACAUCCGCUUCGUCUUCGCCGCCGUCAAGGACACCAUCCUGCAGCUCAACCUGAAGGAGUACAACCUGGUGUGACCGCACCUGGGCUGGCCUGACCGCGCCUGGCCUGACCGCACCUGGCCUGACCGCACCUGGGCGACCGCUCGGCCUUCACAAGAGUGACUGUACUGUCUGUGAGAAAACAAGCUAAAAACGAAACUUAAAACGAGACCACGACAAAAAACGAUCACCUAAAGGCUAAUUUAUUACUGUCCACGACCCCGUGUUCACAGAGUCUAUAGAAAAUAUUAUUAUUCUAUUUAAAAGAAUAAGAAAAAAAAUCUAAUUGGAGGUCUGCAGCACAGUUCAUUGUUUUUCAAAAUUUUUUUUGGAGAAAUGUUGUGAAUUUUAUUUUUUAAAUCUCUUGUGCACUCGAGGGUCAGGGUGUCCGUCCUGGUGUUUCCUCAGCUUUUUAAACCCCGAACCACCCCCUUCCCCCCUCCACCCACCUCCCAUCUUGUAGUCACCUGUUGUCCUCUACGCUGAAAAAACCGCUUCACAAAAAAACUCUUCACAUUAAUGGACUCUCUCUCUCGCUCCCUCUCCCUCUCUGAAGGAUAAAAAAAAAAAGUAUUGAUACUGUGAUUCUUAAAUUAUUGCUAUAAAUUAUUAUGUCCGUCGAGGUACUAUCUGUCGCUUGGUUUGAGCCGGAAAGGUAAAACGAAACGGAAGUGUUUCAGAGCGGGGGAGUCUGCGGCGUCACCUGCCGCUCACCUGGGCAAAGACUGAGCCACCUCAGACAGGCCUCGAGCCGGUGCAUCACACACUCUUCAGUGCCACCACUUUCUCUGUUUUCAGAUCUGUUUUUUUUUUAUCACCGAUGCCAAACAACUACCACACAACACUUCCCCAUCUCCCCCCCCCCCACCCCCCCCAUGCAGUGAGACUCAGCCAGACACGGCAGCCAUUUUCUGGACCGAGGACAGAGGAGAAGCCCGUUAGCCGCUAGGCUAAGCUCUCUGAGCUUAGCCUGAGUUAGCGGGUUUGGCAGUUUAUGUGGUUCUGGAUUCUUUUAUUUCUUUCUCUUUUUUUUUGUCCUUUGUUUCUGAAAUGCCAAAAGCGCCGGUCAGAAAGGAGGCCCCGGACCCUCGAAACGCCGAGCCGUGGCGGCCAUGUUGGCGUCAGCGUGGCGGGAGUUCGUCCCCGCAGCGUCAGCGGCGUCUGCGCUGAGGGUACGCUAGCGCUAAUGCCAAACGGGACCUGACGCGUCCCCCACCUGAGGCUCCGGAACCCGAGGAGAGGGUCCGCCUGCGCGUGGGGCCCCUACCGGCUCAUUUUGGGGUGACCUACGCGAGCCCGUUGUGGAGGAGGGUUAUAUUUUCGUGAGGUGAAGUUUACUUGGCACUGCCCGUGUUGGGUGGUGGGGGGUCUGUAUAUUUAUGAUGUAGGACCAAUACCGCAGCAGCUGAAUUAUGGAUUGGGGGAGGGGGGGGGAGGGUCUGUCCUUUGCGUUGUGUGAAGGGUGUUGAGUGGGGUGGAACUCCUGCGUUCGUGUGGGGCGGCCAGUGUGGGGGAGCCUGUUUUUACAGAGGAGGGGGUGGGGGUAGUUCUCAGACCGCCUCUCCCUCAGAGGGAGGGGGGCGGUUGGGCCAAUCCCCUCCUCACAGGGUCACGUGACCCACAGCAGACCAGAAUGGUCCAAUUGCAGGCCAGCUCCAAUCUAAGGUCCAAUCAGAGUUAAGCUGACACUCUGGUUUGGUGCAGUCAGAGGAGUUGAGUGACUGCCACAGGAAGAGAAAGGACAAUGUUGCACAAUUAUGCACCAAAGCUAGCCCUCAUCUCUGAUUGGCUACAGCUGUUCCACCCCCGCCCCUUUGCAUUUUUGAGUAUAUAUUUUUUUUGUAAUAAUGCCCUUAAACAUAAGCCUGUAAUUUACAUUUUAUUGAGGCAUAGUGCAAUUAUGAAUGCUAUAAUCAUUGUACAUACAUUUCUCUCUUGCUUUUUUCUCUCUUUCUCUAUGUAUAUAAAUAUAUAUGUACAUAUAUGCAUAUACAUGUAUAUAUGUUCAUAUAUAUGUGUAUAUAUGCACAUAUAUGCAUAUAUAUAUAUAUAUAUAUAUGGCCACAUCCAUAUUGGCUUUGUAAUCAUUAAUUUUUUUGGCGAAUGUGCGGUAUUGAAAAUAUGUAUCUAUGUAAUUGUCUUGUAUGUCUUAUAGCUAAUUCAUUUUGAAUAAUGUUAUUUACUUUUUUUUUUAAUCCAAAAAAAUAGAAUGUACAUUUUUUGCCAGUUCAUUUCUCAGCAAGGAAAGCAUUUUUGGUUUUAAAACUAUGAAAAGAAGAAUAAUGCUAUCUAACGGAACGGUUUGCCAGUACUUACAAUUGCUAUUAUAGAUUUUGUUAAUUGAAUUUUGUAUGAAAAACAACCCAGACUAAUUACAGGGCUAAUCAUAUUUGUUAAGACAAAAACAAAUCGAGCAUGUCUGAUGAAGGAGUGACAUCAUCUUAAAAUCUCUGGCCUUUUUCCUUCUGCUUCCUUGUUUACUCUUUUGCCCCUGAAUUUGGACUACGCCUACCAGAUUGCUCUUUGAGAAUACAGCCUGACUUGGACUACACUUCCCAGAUUGCUCUUUGGGAAUACAUCCUGACUUUGUUGGACUACACUUCCCAGGGUGCAUUCAAGAGUUUUUCCCCUGGCUUGACCUACAUGCCUCAGUUUACCCUGAGCACAUUUUCUAGUUUCCUGUGCAGUCUACCAGUCUAGACCUAUGCAUUUUUGGCAGUAUUGUUGUAGGUGCCCUGCCUCAUUCUAUGUGGAAAGGUGGGGGGUCAUUGGGAACGCUCACCCCCCCCCCCCCCCAGUUGUCAAAUACGGAUAAGCAGUUUGGUUUUUGUUUUACAUGCCUCUGAACUGGGGCAAACUGUUGAAUAAAGAAAUAUCUGAAUGAC